UAGUUAAAUGAUAAUGGUCAGCCACCUCGGUAGCUUGCUAGCUGAAACAUCGAAGCUCUUUAGACUCGUUCAUGUAUAUUAUCCACUGUGUUUUAAACUAACUUCUUCUGUCGUCUAGCUAGUUAUCCCAUUUAAUUUCAUAUGUGCUUUGUUGUUAUUAGCUAGCUGACUGGUUUAGUUCACUAGCCUAGAUAGCUAACUGUUAGCUAACAUCUCUGACCAUGAGUUCACUGAGCUGCUCUCCUCCUGAUAAAGAAGAGGAGGUCUGCUGGACGGAGAAAGAGGGACUGUGGCUCAAUGUUGUUGUGAAAGAAGAAGAGGAAGAGGAGGAUGUCACAGUAACAAAAGUAGAGGAUGAGGAUGUUGCAGUGAAAGAAGAAGAGGACGAGAAAGAGGAGGAUUCCGAUUUUGGAGAGGGAGAGCUAACUGGUAUAUUGGAAGAAGAAGAAGAGGAGGAUCUGAUUAACCCCAGAGAGAGACGGGACUAUAGUGGAUCCUCUGGGGAGCCUCAACAACAUCAUGAUGCUGAAGAGGCAGAGGAGAGUCUCUCCACAUCAGAACACCUCAAUAAACACCAACGGAAACCCACAGGAAGAAACUUCACCACUGCUCUGACUGUGGGAAGAGUUAUUCAAGAUCAGAUUCACUAAAAGUACACCAGAGAAUUCACACUGGAGAGACAUCUCACUGCUGCUCUGACUGUGGGAAGAGAUUCACCUCUUCAGCAGACCUCAAAAGACAUCAGAGAAUCCA